AUGACCUUCGACGACGUCAGACGGUUGAGAGUCGCGGUCUUUGGAGCAGGCAUGGGUGGCCUCACUUGUGCCCUCUCGUUAGCACACGAAGGGUUUCUCUAUAUCGAUGUCUACGAAACUGCGCCCAACCUAGGUUUUGUAGGAGCAGGAAUUCAACUUGCCCCCAAUAUGGCACGCAUUCUCGAUAAACUCGGCGUUUGGAAAAAGAUCGAGUCCGAGGCUGUCUUAGUCAAGAGCACGAGCAUCAGACAGGGAACAACCGACAAAGAGCUCGGCUUUGUCGAGUUCGACUCCGUCAAAGAUAAAUAUGGCUACGCUCACAUGGUAGGACACCGUGCCUCGCUCGCUGGGAGCCUUUACGAAGGCUGCAAAGCACAAUCUGCCAUUACCUUUCACUUCUCGACUGCCGUAUCUGAAGUGAAUUUUGGCGGGGAUGACAGGAAGCCAUCGUUCUUGGCUACGCCAUUAGUAGGUCCAGCCGUGCGAGUCGAGGCUGAUAUCAUAUUAGCCGCCGAUGGUAUCAAGUCGCUCACUCGAGCAGCAAUGCUGAAGGAACUUGGUUCGACGGAUCAUGUGGUGGAUUCUGGACAGGCUGCAUAUCGCAUUAUGCUGACCCGCGAGCAAAUGAAGGAUGAUCCUGAGCUGUUGGAAUUAAUAGACGCUGACAGAGUUACUCGGUGGAUUGGGGAGAAGCGGCUACUUAUUAACGAGCUCGCAGAUGUCAUGGGUGCGCUCACGCGGACGCCGACGGACUCAGAGCUCAGCGCAAUCCUGUUCUCUGUACAACUCAAAAGUGGUAUUCAGAAUCGGUCUCUUCCCUUUUGCGACUCCCGUUCAAUAUUGUCUCCACAAUGCUGCCCACAACCCCACAACCUCAUCUCUCUCAUCAACCGGACGAACGUUUCUCAACUCGACCUCAGUGUGCCAGAGUGA